CUAGAUUUAAAAAAAAAAAAAAAAAAAAUUGUUUGGAGAUUAAGUGGCAUUUACAAAUUAGUUUACCUGGUUUGCAGCAGAGAUGAUUUUUUUCAUUAAAGUUGCUAAUCUGGUUGAGGGGGUGAUGAGUUGCAAAAGGUUAAAGGAGGAUGCAAGUGAGGGGAGACCUAGGGAAAGCUGUAGUGCCCUUUACUGAGUCAGUCUGAGGAUGUUACGGGAAAGGAUUAUGUUCAAAAAUUACUUAUUUUGGUUCAGCUGUAUUUAUCUAGCAUGAGAUGGUCUCUCUCUCCCUCACUGUGUGUCUGGCAAAUGUCAGGUAACAAUUAACGGUAUGCAUUUCAUGGUGUAGUUGUAGUUUCCCAAAUGCUGAGUACGGAAAGUGAGCUGCACUGCAAGCUGCUCUUCCCCUCUCCUUAGCCUAGAGGCACGCUAGGGUUCAGGUGGUGCUUGGGGACGGUUACGAGGGGCUGUCCGCCCUGCUGCGGCCGUGAGCGGCAGCUGGGGCCUGAGGCGAGCUGCCCGCGCCCUUGGGCGGGAAGGGCCCGCGCCGGGGCUGAGGGCGGCCGGCUCCUCGCGCUCCUCAGGCCGCGACGCGGCGGCCGGGCCGAGCGGCGGGGCCGCCUUCGUGGCUGACAGGGCUCGGUGCCGCCGCCGGGCUGCAGGUAGCAAACGAACCCCAGCCCUUCUGCCUAGCUCCAGACAGCCCUCCCACUCUCCAGCCGGCAGAAGAAUGCUUCUGCGGUUCCAUCCCUCAUUUGUGUGUUUUAAUCCCAUAUCCUUUAUGUAGUCUCCACCUUCUAUGUUUAGGAUCAUCUGGGGCACUUGUUAUGACUGCUGCUUCAGAGUCAAACUCUGGUAAUGAACCUAAUGGCUCAUACAUGACUUAUUUGAGAGGGAAGAGGAAUGGGGUGAAUUCCCAAACAGCUCUGGAAGAUAUCAGAGGCCUGUUAUGGCACACUGGACAGUGUGUUUCUCAGAAGUUUGUGAGCGCAUCCUUUGCUGGCCUGACUUCCAAUUGUCACAGGAUGCCAGUGACCCACGUAGGGUUUGACCAUGGGGUUUUUAAAAGGCAGAGCAGGCCUGAGGCUGCCUGGUGUCACCCCAGCAUGCCUGCAGGGCCCAGGUCCAGCAGCCGUGGCCCAGCACUCCGCUAAACUCCUCUCACGGUCCUGCCGUGCGUCAGGUGCUCUGACACUGCUGAGCAAGCAGACAAAUACAUCAGGGCUUUUUUUAGGUUAUUAUUAUUAUUAUUUUUAUUAAUUUUGAAAGAAUUGUUACUGGGUUAUUCUGUUUUCCCUUAUUUGUGAUGUUUACCAAGAACCUGCUGCAGCAAACUGUGUUAUUUAUCUUUGCAGCUUUGCUCCAUGAUGCAACAGCAGAGUUGAACUAUUUGCAUGUUAAUGUAGGCUGGUUUAUAAACGCUGUUUUCUGUACCUUCUGUGUGUGUCAAAGAUCCAAUUAAAGUUAAAAAUGCCUUCCCAUAGGGUUUAAAAAUCUAUGCUACUUAUGUGAAAGACUAAUUUUAUAAACGUGUAUUUAAUCCAACUUCACUGAAAUGAAAUUUGCUCCAAAGUGAGCUAAUGUUUGUAGUCUUUGUUUUGUUGAAGAAUUUUCAGGGAGUGCAUAUGGCUGCUCUUGGCUAGCAAGGUGGUGUCAGGAGGGGAAAAAAAGAGGUGAGGGAGACUUGUGAGCUUUCUGCUGUUGUGGCAAGGCUAGAUUUGCAAGACAGAGGAACGUGUAUGUAUUAUCACUUCUGGAAAUGGUAAAGGAAGCUGAAGCUUUUUUACCCUAUCCCUCUCAAAACCUGCUACUGUAAGGAUAUAUAUGGAGCAUUUUAAACUAAUGGAAGUGGGGCAGGAAUGGGGACAUUUGGUAACUCUAAUUGGAAAGCAGGACUGGCUGUUUUCACUAAGAUGACACUGAUAUUUCUUAAAGCCUGUGCUCUACUUUGAGAAGGAUAACUCACCCGUUAUUAAGCUGAUUUUGUUACUGAUUUAAAGUUUCUACCUGGAGCUAAGUCAUUCUUGAGAUAUUUAAAUAGGUUACUGUGACACUUGCAUCAACCUUUCGUCACAUUUGGGACUUGGAGCGUGGAUAAGGGAAGUGAAAUGGUGUAUCUGAGCGUUUGGGCAGACAGUAGAUUUGAGGGUAGAUUUCGGUUCAUCCUAAUACACCAUAGGGUUGUGGCCUGGCAUGAACAGCCAAGGACUGCCAACAAGCCUUAACCAUGCUUCCAAACCUGAAUUUCGCUCUGGUGUUCACAUAAAUUGGAAAUGCUGGUAUGUUAGGCUUAUGUAGAAUCAAUGCUGUGGGUUUUUCUGAUUUACAUGUUCUAUUUAAAAUUUCUUUAGUUAAUUAAAAUAAAGUAUUGGUUUAAUAAAUAAUCAGUGUCUUGGUUCCUGUGCAUUUCUGUCUUUGGUUUUGGUCAUUACUGAUAAAGCAAUAUAAUUAUGGUUUAGUGGUUGGCUCACGUAGCAGUGGUAGGAAGUGGAUUGUUUUAUACUGGAUGUCAGAAACUUGCUUAUUUAUAAUUAUCUGGUAAUUGUGCUGCCCCUUGUUGGCUGAUGGUGAAGUUGGUAGCCUGUUGUAAGGAAAAUCUGAAGACAUUUAUUGUGAUCAAUGAGAGAGCUAGAUAUACUUUAAUGCCAGGUGCUUUUUGUGGUGACCCACAAUGGCAGCGUGGAAUCACUUUAUUUUUGUUAUAUGUUACCUUUCAAAGCUGCUGACAUAACACAACUAGAAGUAGCAUCACUAUAAUAUAGGGUAUUUCCAAAGGAAACUUUCACCAUGCAAAGCUAUACUAAAUAGUUUGUGUGUCAGGUGAUAAUGUAAAACUAGAAAACUGUUAAAGGGUGUAAUUUAAGAAAAAAAUAUUUAACUUAUAUUCCAUAUGUUAUAGAAACUGCUGAUCUAAACAAAGAGCAAAUGCUUUUUCCUUGCCAUUUUAGAACAAGAACAAGGGUACAACCUAAAAUGGAAAAUCAAAAUGUGCAGACAACACUGUGUGAUAUAAAAACAGAUCUGAACUUACUGCUUGAAUGCCUUAAAUACCAGAUGGACUGCCCUUUAUCUCAGAAAGAGGCUUUGAUCACUAUUUAUUCAAUUUGUCAACAAAACAGUGAAGCAAGCGAAUAUUUUCGAGAAAUUGGUGGUUUGAGGUUUAUAAACGAUCUUGCAAAGUCAAGUAUCCAUUGCGUAGUAAAGGAAGCAGCUUUAUUUACAUUAGGAAUUAUAAUAGAGAGUAAUGUUUACUGUCAACAAUCUUUAUGUACUUCUGCAUUGUUUGAAGACCUCAUUUUAGUUUUAAUUAAUAAGGAUUCUGGUGUGAACUUAAAAAGAAUGUCUGUUUAUGUCAUCUUAGUACUGGUUUCGAAUAACAAGUAUGGGCAAACUUAUGUCAGGGAAACAGGCUGCAUUGGUCUUCUGCUACAGUUAUUCAGAACAACUCUUUCCACAUCUGAGAUGAAUCUGUCAGAUGAAAAUACUUAUCAGAGCUAUCAACUGUGGUCUUCAGUCUGCAGUACUCUCUGUGCCUGUGUUAACAAUCCUCAGAACGAAGAUAAUCAAAGCAUUUGCUGUGCAGUUUUUCCAUACGCAAAAGAGUGGCUAGAAAGUUGCACAGAGCCUGAGAUUGUUCGUCCUAUUUGUUCAUUUGUUGGCCUCACAGUUGCAAAUAACUCCACUGUGCAGAAAUACUUUGUUUCUGUUGGAGGACUGGAUACCUUAGCUAAAGUUCUCAACAAGUUGAUGCAUGAUUCCUGUAUAAGUCAAUCCAGCACAAAACUUGCAGUAGUAGUAACAAAGACUCUGGAUGCCUGCAUUGCUAACGACUCUGCCAUGGGUGGCACUUUGGCAAAGUAUCACACUGUGUCUGAGCUACUGAACCUGCUGUCUAAUGACACUUUGGAUACAGGAGAAAAAAUGAGUAUUAUUCUAACAAUUGGACAUUGUACUGAGGUUUGUGAAGAAAACCAAUAUGAACUGCUCAAGAACAAUGGUCUUCCACUUAUGAUUCAGGUACUAACUGAGUCUCAAGAUGAGGAACUAAACAAAGCUGCUACUUUUGUGCUGCAGAACUGCAAACAAAUGACUGAACAAUUGUCCCUGAAAAUAAAUGAGAGUUCAUUAAAUGAGAAGAAUGCAGACAAGUUGGAAGCAGACAUGCAAAUCAGAGAAAGAAGUCUACAAGAUUACUGGAAGAAAGCGAGAGAAAUUUUACACAGAAUAAAAUUGAUUGAAAAAGAACAUGAUGAGGUUGGCAUGUUUACCAAAGAAAGAAUGCAAGGAAGAGUAUUCGUUGACAGACCUUCAGAAAACAGUAUUGAAGCAACAAAAUACCAUGAAAUGAAUCCUAGUCAUCCAGAAACAUAUGUAGAAAGAACACAUAAAGAAACAUGUUAUCCACGAUUAAUGUCUAAUUUGGAUGGUCAGGUUCUUUCUCUAGCUGUAAAUUCUCCCCUGAAAAAUGAAACAGUGAAUGCUAUGAAUCCAGUAAACACUUCUACUAGAAAAAGUGAACAGAAUGAUAUUCCACGGCCAGUUUAUGAAGUGCAGAGAGACAGUGUACUUCAAAGUCAUCGUAUAAACAAGAAAACAGGUUGUGAAAAAAGGCAAUCUAUUCUUCAAGUACAGAAAGACUUAUUUAAACAACCAGCAAAGACUGUUAGAAAUAUGAAACAGGCAUGCACAUCAGACAACCAUUCAUUGUCCUCAGAGAUAACCAAGGAAGAAAAAAGUACCUUGACUACAACUGCAUCCCUUAAAAUGACAGAUAUAAGGUGUAUAGGUUGUACAGCAGCAGGUCUGUCUGUCAAUAGCAAAACUUUUAGCAAGAUGCUGCGAACUUGUCCAUACCUAUGUUAUCAUCACAAAGUCGUUCUGGAAGCUGAAGAAAGAUAUAAAAAGGAACUUCAGAAGUUGUCUGUUUCUCAUAUUAGUGGAUAUGCAGCUUUUGAGCAAAUACUGCUGACCCCAAUAAAGAAAGGAAAAUUGCAUACAGAGACAUCAACUUUUAAGAGCAAAAAGGAUAAUGUCCAAAGUAUUCUUUUGACUCCAAUUAGAAAAAACAAACCUGAUACUUCCCAUAGAGAUGAACAUAAUAAAAAUACUCGGUUACCUGAAGAAUAUAACUUGCUACCGAUAUAUGAAAAGUCAAAAUAAAUACUGGCAGAACAAUGAGAGAGACUCCCUGGAUAUAAACAUAAGAACUUUAAACAAGAAAAGAAGAAUCCGAAAAGAUUUCACAGAUGAAGAAAUCAAUUAUCUUUUAACUGGAGUAAAAGAAAUGGGUCAUCACUGGAAUUUGAUUUUGUGGUCCUACCCAUUUCAGGAAGGACGGACGAACGUUGAUCUUUCCAGCAAAUACUACAAGUUGCAGAGGCAGGAAAAAAACAAAAGCCGUCAAUAACAUCUUUCAAGAAUAUUUUCGAUUUUGAUGCAGAAAGUUGAAGAACAGCUUUAUUAAUGAAGAGGUACUACCACAAUGAUACAAGCCUGUUGAGAAUUUAGAUUGGUUUGAACUUGUGUUUUUCACUGCUAACAUUCAUUUACAGAAAUUGUUAUGCUUUGCGAAUUUCACUUAAAUGUAAUUUUUUUAAUAAUGCUAAAAUAGCUACUAAAAUAGUCUUUACCAGUAAAAGUUAUUUUUUAAAAGAACUUAAUUUAACGUUCUUACACUUUUGGUUUUGCAACAAUUAAUUUGCUUUGAUUCUUUUUACAAUGUAUUUGUAAAGAAAAGGUUUAUUGAAUAUUUUGAAUUUAAUUAUUUGAAUUACUGAAUAUUUUUAUUAAUAUUUUAUGCCAGAAACUGCUAAGUGUUAAUGUUCUGACUUUUUUUCCCCUUUUAAUUGGUGAAAUCAGCGGCUAAGGUACUUUAUGCACUUGAUGUGCAGUAUGUGUAGAAAAAUAGAAUACAUUUCCAGACAUCUAGAAGAGGUGUUUUUUUUAUUCUAAGUUAUACAGUCAGGUCAACAAUUAAGAGAAUCGUAUAGUAGCAGAAAUGUUUAAGUGAUUGCAGAGGUUAUAAAGACCUUUCUAAUGAUAUCAAAACAUUCACAAAAUAAAUGCUAAUAACUAUUAAUUUUGAACAUAGAAGUUGUAGGAAACGUUCAAGAAAAUCAACAUACCUGAGGUAUUUUUGAACAGAAGGUUGUAUACUUUCAGAGAGAGAGGACUGGUAGAACAAGCUUUAUAAUUUUGUUAAAUUCUUACUUGCAAAUAAUUCUGAGUAAAACAGGAUAUAUCUAUGAGAGAAAGCACCAAAUGUAUGUUUGAGCAUUGAUGAAUACGCUAGGCAAAUCUUACAGAGGUUGACAUAAAUUGAAUUAUAGAGCUUGUGGAGAUUUCAGAACUUAUACACGGAAGAUAGUGUGUGGUUCAGCUGCAGUAUUUCUUAUAUGACAUUCAUGGACCUAUGUAAAAUACUUAUGUGGUGAACUAAAUAGAGUGUAGCUACUGAUUAAUUUGACUUCUAGUUACAGUGGAACAUUUCUUUGUAUAUUAUAUAAGUGCAUGAGCAGAACGACUGUUCUUGCUAAAUAUACAAUGGUUGUAAAAAGCUUUAGUGAAAGCCUUAAUAACUUGAUUUUUCAGUGAUAACCUUAGUAUUUCUGUUCUAAUUAGUUCAUUUAUUAUAGAAAAAGCUUGGUCAUCUUAUUUGCUGUAGGCUUUUACUAUGAUGUAGCUUGAAUGCUUAAAAGUGAGAAAGAUAAUCUGAAAUUGAAGGACUUCUACUGAUGCUGA